ACAAUUGAGGAAUUGCAAACCGUACAUUUACGUAAAGUGAGCCAGUAUGAAUUUGCACGACAUAUGCAGGAAUCGAUACCAGUUAUGCAAAACAAUAUAAAAGAUGCAGUAACGAGAGAAAUGAAAGAAUGGUUAUUCAAAGUAAGAGAAGUAUCUUCAAAAGUUGGAAAACUAGCCAUUGAACAAUUAAACUUACGACAAGAGCGAUGGAAGCAAAAAGUAGUAAAGAAUAAAGGUUUAGCGUCUGCUCCUGUUAAUUCUCCUAUUGAAUUGGCAAUGAACGAAGAAAAUGAAUUUAAUGUUGUAAAUAAUGAUCAAGUACAAAUUGAUUUCAAACCACUUUAUCAGUGUCUUCACAUCUAUGAAGAACUUGGCAAAAGAAAUGAAUUUAAAGCAAAUUACGAAGAAGAUAGAAGGGCGCAAGCAAACUUAGUCCUAUCAGCAACCUUCACGUUAAAAGACGGCGAAAUUCGAGGAUUCGAAUCGUUUCUCGAUGAGAUUGCCGGAUUUUUCGUGAUCGAGCACAUUAUCGUACAAUCGACACACAAUUUUCGGUCACAACGCGAAGUAGACAUUCUCUGGGAUAGUGUUACCACAAAAGUGAUAAAAAUGGUGUCGAAUGCGUUACGUGAAUGUCAUAAUCCGGAAUUGUUUGUAAAGAUUAAACAUUAUCUGACCAGUUAUAUUCAAACAUUUGAGACUAUAUUGGACGAUGAUUAUAUGCCUAUGAUUGUAAAUGCACCCGAAGAAUAUGAAGCUGUUGUGGACGCUUGUUGGUUUAAAGAUGAUCAACGUGUUAACGCGAUUCGUUUCCCGAGAACUUUGCCGUUUUCUCAAGCUUAUCCAUCCUGUUGUCUUGACAUAAAAAAUUUUGUCGAUCAAUUUUACGAUUUCGCUGAGGACGCUUCUCGAAAACACAAUUAUCUUGAUGACAUUUUAAAAGAGGCUUUGGAUGCUUUACUGAUAGAACAUGUUAACGGUGUUCUAUUAGGUAAACUGCAAAGCACAAAUCUUACACAAAUAGUUCAGAUUAUCAUUAAUUUGGAAUACUUUGAAAAUAUGUGUGCGGAAUUGGAAAAAUUAUUGAAAGAUCGGAGGUCGAUACAUCGUGGCGGUAGGAUACAAUUAAACGCGUCAAAUGAAUUUCAUCAAACGCGUACAAAGGCAGAAAAAAGAAUUUUUGAGUUGGUCAAUUCGAAAAUUGAUGAUUUCUUGGAGUUAGCAGAUUAUGAUUGGGCACCAAGCGUCGCUCAAUCUCAACCAAGUUCUUUUCUACAAGAUAUGGUUGGCUUUUUGACGACCGUCAUUAGUUCAACGCUGUACAAUCUACCAGACUUGAUUCUUAGUCCCGAGGUAAAAAAGCUAAAUGUGAAUGGAAUUACUAACUUCGAUACGGAUGUCCGAUUUUUGGAGCAAUUUGCUCAAGGACUUGAUAAUCCUAAUAUAGCGGAUGCAUUUAUGGAAUUGAGACAGUGUGAAAAUAUGGAGGAAUAUUUGACGUCAUCCACGCGUAACAAAAAGUAUUCACGUAUAAAACCUGCGGAUGUUGUGAACCUUAUCGAGAAAAUGUUAAAAGACCAAUCAGUGAUAUCGUUAAGUCCUUCAGAACGUUCCAGAAAACGUGGAAUGGAAACAGUCUUACGAUCGCUGAAGCCUGAUGGUGUUGAUUCACUUGUCGGGUCUCUGUUUACUAUGCCUGCUGUUUUCCGAACAUAA